AAAACAAAACAAGGUCACAAUAAGCAACACUCACCCUCCCCCAUCCCUCAUUCUUUCCUCAAAACCUUGUUUUUCACUCUUUCACAUUUCUUUCUCCAAUCUCCACCCAAACCACCCCUAACCCUUUAUUUUUUUUCCUCUCUUUCUUUCAAAACAGAUAUUUGUUAGUUACUUUAGUUUAAAGAGAGAGAAAAAAAAACCAUCUUUCUUUCUCUCUCUCUCUCUCAUCAAUGGAAAUCACCUCAAGAUUUCAUGAGAGAGAGAAUCCAUCUCUAUCUCCAAUGAACUCACCAAAAAGCAAUGUAAGCAAUUGUAUGAGUAGCAGCAACAGUAACAGCAAUUGCAUCCAAAUUCAAACACCACCUCUCACUCCAAAAACAACAAUCCCUAGAUCUGAUUCAAACCCUUACCCUACAACUUUUGUUCAAGCAGACACUUCAACUUUCAAACAAGUUGUUCAAAUGCUAACAGGUUCAUCAGAAAAACCAACAACAAAACCUAAUCAACAACAAGAUCUACUUCAACAACAACAACAACAACCACCACAAUCAUCAUCAAGAAACUUCAACAUCCCACCAAUCAAAACAGCACCAAAGAAGCAAAGUUUCAAACUUUAUGAAAGAAGGAACAGUCUCAAGAACAGUGUCCUCAUGUUAAACACCCUUAUGCCAAAUUUUGCAGCAAACAAUUCUGGAUUUUCACCAAGGAAAUUACAACAACAACAACAACAAGAGAUUCUCUCUCCAAGCUUGCUCGAUUUUCCAUCACUUGCUCUUAGCCCUGUAACACCAUUGAAUGAUGACCCUUUUGAUAAAUCCUCACCUUCAUUGGGAAACUCAUCAGAGGAAGACAAAGCUAUAGCUGAAAAGGGUUUCUAUUUGCACCUCUCUCCAAUUACUACACCAAGAGAGUCAGAACCACAGCUUUUGCCUCUUUUCCCUGUUACUUCUCCUAGAGUUUCAUCACAAUCAACUUCUUGAAUUGAUUGUUGUGUAAAAGAUUGUAACUUGCUAUGUGGGUUGUUUAGAUUGAGAGAAAUUACUACAUGGGUUUUGAAAUUUGAGUGAUUUCAAAUGCCCAACAAGAAAAGGUACAUAGCUUGGUUUUAAUUUGUUGUAAAAGUGGAUUUCUUUCCAUGAAAUUAUGGUAAGACCCUUUUUUUUUUUGGUAAAUGAAAGAAGAAGAAAAAAAUGUCUCUUUGUCUAA